UCGGACUUCCUGGGAAAAUUGUUUCAAAAUCAAAAAGGGAAAAUACAUGUAUAUUUUGUGGAAAUAAUCAUGGCGGAUGUUCACUAUUAUUCGCAAGUGUCGUAUUACUUUAAAGACAGCCUCGCAUACACCGAAGAUCAUGUCCUGGUGACGAAGCUUUACUUGUUCAAUAUGCACAAGAAGCUGGAUGAGUGUGCGCUGCUUUCAUACUUCAAUUCCAUGUUUGGAAAUGUGGCAGAUUUAAAAUUGUUUCGACAUGGGAGAGCAGGGUACAGGAAAUCAGGCUAUGUGCGUUUCAAGGAUGCACGCAGUGCUGCCAGUGCUCUGCAUUGCCCCAAGCAUAAUCUUAAUGGACUUUAUAUACACUCCACAGCCAGCGAUAGCUGGCGUCAACCCGAUGCAUACCCUGACUGUGAGAUUACAUCCCCACAACAGAAUAUGCAGGCGAAUAUAAUGAUGUUGAAUGAUGAUUGCUUUCGGGUUAUAUUUGAGAUGCUCUCACAUGUGGAUCGUAUAAAGUUUGCACGCGUCUGUGCACGUUUUCGUGACCUGUAUCAGGAUAUCUCGCCGUCACUGUACAAGUCUGUGAACUGUGAGAUCUUUCAGACGAUGACCUUGUGGGAAAUACGCGACUUUUUCACACUAUCCGGAUGCAAUAUACAGCAGAUUCGCGGAAGUCUAAAGGAGAGCAGCGUGCGUAUCUGCACUUUUAUGGGAUGGCAUUGCGUUAACUUGAAAUUAUUGGACAUUUCGCUCACUCCAUUGACUCUCGGCAGCACAUAUAGAUUGCUAUCAAACCUGUAUUACCUAGAGAGUCUUCGUUUGGAUGGCUGUAACCUCCGAAAUGAGAAUUUGCUUGCGAUGAGACAUCUGAAGCAGUUGAAGGAACUGGAUAUUUCACGUAAUUACUCAUUAAAUGGAGCCAAUAUGGAUCAGUUUCCAUCUUCCAUUGAAUCGCUGACUCUUACAAAUUGCUAUAAUUUGCUAGGAUUUGCAUUGCCAGACUUCUGUUCUUCACUCACGAAUCUUAAGAAAAUGGAUAUCAGAGGACUUGUCGGCAUAUACGCCAGUCUCGAGAACUUAAUAAACAAAAACAUUUGUACCUGUCUGGAGGAGCUCGUAUUCAGCGAUCCUGCUUACGAAUCCGACUAUGACCACAUUGCUAAAUUGCCGUCUCUUAAGAGGAUAACUAUUCAGUAUGAAGAACGUUACUCGAAGAAUUCAAAAUUCUUGUAUCGACUUGCAAGGCAUAAAGCCAAUCAACUGGAGUAUCUUGAAGUAAUCGGCGCAAACUGUAUCACAGCGGAUGAUGUUAUACAAAUAAGCAAAUUGACUGCACUGCGCUCAUUGCGUUUGAUAAAUCAAGCUUCUAUUGAUGACCGCGGGCUUGCGGCAUUUGGAGCAUUAAAGCAACUGGAGCAGCUGAAUCUCACCUCAUCUAUCCACAUAACCAACAAUGGUGUGUUGCAACUGCUGCUUAAUUGUCCGAAAUUGCAAGAAGUUUAUGUACAGCAUUGCCGUUAUCUGACAGACGAUUUGCUUCGCAACUUUGUUCGCAAGGCUCCGGAAAAGGUCAAGAACCAGCACGUGCUGCCCAUCAAGCUGUAUAUAUAUGGCUGCAAGAUUACGGAAAUCGGCUUGCACAAUGAUAAAGUGGCCUCCAAAAAGUAUCUGGAUGUCUCGUUAAUUGCUCCAGAGUAUUCAUUACCAGACUUGGCAGAUCUUCUUCAGCUUGCAUACAUCAGUGAUGAUGAAGAUGAUUUUCUCACUGACUCAUUUAACUCAUAUGACUCCGACACUCCGGAUAGCGAGUUUGAUCAUUAUGAUUUAGGAUAUAUAGAUUACCACUAAUCUCUUAUAAGUAUAUAUGUGUAUUAAUUUAAUGUUAAUAUCGGUGGAGUUAUUAAGUUUAGUUUUUCUUUUUUGCCAAAGUGAAUAUAUGUGUCUCACCAUUAUGUGUUUAAGAUACUGACUGGAUCAGCGAAGACAUUUUGUAUUAUUUUAAAAUUUUUCCUAUUUACAACUAGUACCAAUGAAUAAAUAAAGUUGUUG